AUGCAAUCAUGUCACUCGAAUUCCGGAGCUUCCUCCGUUUCCAGCGUCAAAUUCCCACUUCCGAAAGAUCAUUUCGGACUGGUGAGCGUUUCUAUCGAGCAGGCCGAAGAAUUCCGAUCGUUAGUACGUCAGAGGAUCAGCGGCUUACUUGUCGAUGAAGAAUCCUACGCUUUGCGCAAAGCAAACCACCAACCGCGGCUGGAUCCGACAACUUGGAAGCUCGUCCGGUCUCAAGAUGAAGUGAAAAUGUACAGACGACGAAGACGAGCGCAGAAAACCGCAGUGAACCUACCGGACAGUGUUAUCGCGCUGGGAAGAGUACCCGGUACGAUUGAUGACUUGCUGUAUGGCAACUUUAGUACGACGCAAGAGGAAACGCAGACGACGAUUACCUACACACACGAACCUACCGACUGUGCGUUGCUACGUGUUCUGGAACUAGAUGCACCCGACGACCCGUUGCACUUCCUAGGCCUCAAGUGGAUGCUAAAGAAGAUGCCGAUGCAAGCGCUUACAACACCCCGUGACGCCUGUUACUUUGAGGCGAUGGGGUGCCCACCGUUUGACCGCAGGAGGAGCGAUGUCAUCCGCGGAGAUGUAACCUUCGCUGGGUUGUUCCGAGAGACCACGCCGGGCUUCGUAGAUAUCCAGGUACGCGGCAUCUUCGACCUGUCUGGAGACCUGUCUAGACACGUUGUGCCGCUUGCGUCCGUGUCGUUCAUUAACGGCAUUCUCAAAGGAGUGGACUGUGCCGAAGCCAAGAAAUUGACACUCUUGUCCCGCCACAACGCCGUGUCCGGCUACAAUCUGGACGCAGUGUACCAGGACGAAGCCUUCGCGAAGGACGCCGUGUGCUCCGUCUGCAUUAAGCGUAGUAAGCGGCUGUUUGCUUCUACGCGUCUGCGCGCUUGCCGCGUGUGUGGCGUGGCGAUCUGUACCAAGUGUUCGGCCAAGAAUAAGCGAUUGUUUCUGGGCUCAGAGCGUCCGUGUGCGUUUGCUGUCUGUUGCCCGAACUGCGUGCUCGAAGCGCAACAGAUGACGGGAAUGCGGCCUUGCGACGAUGAAUACGCCGUCGUCGCGGACUUCUAUCUCCACGGGCCAGCGCUCGCGUCGUACUCGGGUGCGUUGGAUGCUGCUGUCGCUCAACAGCAGCACAUGGCAUCUCUUAGCGCGUCCGAGAUCGACGAGAGCGACUGGUGGCGCGACGACAAGACAGAAACCGCGUCCGCGCCGGAUGUGGUCCGAGAGGGUUCACCGCCCGAUGGAGAUCGCCCCACGGACGCUACACUGGACGAGAGCUGGGUCGGCCGUGACUUCAUGGACCGCUAUGCGUCCACGUUAAGCGACAUCAACGGGUUCAGCUCCAGCGCCGAAGAGGACGACGACUACGCUCUUGAUGUUGAAGCAGUCGAGCAAUGGCGCGAACCUCCAUACGACGAGGAGAUCGAAGUGGAGGGGAAAUCCGCAUCGGAUGCCCUCGCUGUAAUGCUCAAGCGUGCGGUUUCUAUCGGUAGUCAGGUACAGCAAAACGACUCGGUCAUGCGCGAGAUGCAGCGACUGCAGUCUCGUCGGGUAGAUAUAUAA